AUGAAAAGAUAAAUUUACAAGUAAUUGAGGCUUGUCUUUAUUUUAUAUAUAUAUAUAUUGCAGUAUCUGAUUUUCAAGAACUUGUCUUUCUUCUAACACUCUCACCCAAUCAUUCAAGGAAUUAGAGCAAUUAACAUGGGGGAUGCAACUCCGUUUAAAUUCACAUGGAGAAUUAACAAUUUCUCCACAUUGACUCAAAAAGAACUUUAUUCUGAGGUUUUCUAUGCUGGCGGUUGUCAAUGGCGUUUGAUUGUUUACCCCAAAGGAAGUAAAGCGGAUUAUUUGUCAAUAUAUUUGGAAGUCGCUGACUCAACAAGUUUGCCGCAAGGAUGGAGCAGAGAUGCAAAAUAUAGCAUUGCAGUUAUUAAUCAAAUCAAUAACAGUCUGACUGUUAGAAAAGAUACAGAACAUGUAUUCAAAGCAUUUGAUAAAGAUUGGGGUUUCCCAUCUUUUAUUCCUCUUAGCAAAAUAAAAAAUUCUGCUGAAGGUUAUCUUGUGGGCGACACCCUUAUACUUGAAGUUGAGAUUCUUGUUCGUAGUGUCAAGCAUUACUCAAAGCCUGAACCUAAAAAGGAAGAGGCUAAGGAUGAAACUAAACCAUCUGAGCCAGUGGCUGCACCACCAACAAGCCAGGUUCCUUCAUCUGAAAAAGAAGUAGUUGAUACUAAAGCAAAAGUAGACACUAAACCACUGAACCAGACCAAAGAAGGCAUUCAAGCUGCUGCUACUCCCACCACCGAUAAGGAAGUCAUCAAGUCGUCACCUCCUCCUUCAGUGACUGUUGAGACAAAGAUUCCUCCAAAGGAUCCUCCCUCUGAGCCUGUAAAAUCUUCCCAAGAUGUGCAUGCAACAUCUAAAGGUCUCUUGACAGAACUUGCAAGCAGGACUAGAACUAUGAGCAGCGAAACCUCCAUGUCAAACCAAGCAUCUAAACCUGAUGUUCAGCAACAAAAAGAAGCAUUAAAAGGGUUCCUUAAUAUGCCAUUAGAGGCUAUACAACUAGCUAAUGCCUAUGGCAAUAUUGAGGGAAUUAUCCUCACACUCAUUCAACAUAGUAAGGAUUUGAACGAGAAGACAAUUUUGCAAGGUCUUCUUUCUUGCUUAGCAGAAUUUAAAGAGAGUGCUCCUAUGGUUAUAACCACUGCAGAAACUGCUCAAGCUCGUCGAACAUCUCUGUCAGGGAAGACUGCUGAACUUGAUGCAAAAUUGGCACAGACACAUGAGGAGCUAAGUUCCAGAGAUGCUGAAUUCUUAAGACUUUCAACAGAAGAAGAAAAAUUAGAAGAUCAAAUUCAACUCUUAAUUAAACAGAAGGAGGAUGUUGUUGCUCAUAAGAAGUCUGUUUUGGUUGAGUUGGAGAAAAGCAAUAAAGAAGCUUCCAAAGAUUUAGAAGAAUGGAAAAAACUAGAAAGUGAAAUCAAGCAGGCUAAUGUGAAUUGGGUUGGAGCUCAAGAGAAACUUGCAUUAGCUAAUGUUCGGUGGAAACUCUACAAGGAGGAUUUGGGUCUUGGAAAGCUUAACAUUUCGUAAUCACUUCAAUGUUGGUUCAUUGAUUGCUUAUGUUAUAUAUAUAUUAUGGUGUGUUGAGUGAUGGGUCUUUACUUUUCUUUCAAUCUUUGUACUCUUGUUUGAAUCUAUGUGAAAUCUUACUUCUUAUUCAUUGGUUGCAAGUUGAU